AAUUAAUUAAGCAGCAUGGAGACGGUAAAUGCCACAUACUCGUAUAUCACAAAUUUUGAGGUGAUGCAAAUACUACAACAUAUAAAGGGCACCAAAAAGAAAUGGGGUAUGCACAAUCUCGCAACGGUCACGUACGAGGCUCUACAGUACCUGGAAGAAUCGCCUUGUAAAACACAAACACGUGAAUCCAUUAAAAACUAUCUGUGUGACUUGGCCAUCUAUAGGCUGAUGCCACAUGAGCAGCUUCAAAUGGUUAAUGAUCCUCCCACCAGUGCCCUGCAUACACAACUGCUUAUUGACGAUAAUAAAGUCCCACUCACUGACGAGGAGAACGAGGCUAUCAUCCAGCUAACGCAUAAGCACUUCUCGAAUACUACCACGGAACCGGUACAAGCUAACCAACAAGCACCGACAUAAAAAACUAUACAUAUA